AUGCUCGGUUUCCGCUCUCCAAUUCGCCUUUGCAAGCUAUCAGCUCUUGGAUCAGCCCCUCUACUACCCAUCUCUCGACCAAAGCUUUUCUCCACCGCUGUCGCACGCUACGCCGCCGAUAUGGAGACCGUGAAUACCACCGAGCGCCUAGCGAGAUUGAGGCAGUUGAUGCAGGAACAUAAGGUCGAUGUAUAUAUCGUUCCAUCGGAAGACAGCCACCAGUCGGAAUACAUCGCUCCCUGUGACGGCCGCCGAGAGUUCAUCUCUGGCUUCUCCGGAUCCGCGGGAACGGCCAUCGUGUCUAUGACCAAGGCCGCCCUAUCGACGGACGGACGAUACUUCAAUCAGGCUUCCAAGCAACUCGAUAGCAAUUGGGAGCUGCUAAAGAGAGGAGUUGAGAAUGUCCCCACUUGGCAAGAAUGGACGACCGAACAGGCCGAAGGGGGCAAAGUCGUUGGAGUCGACCCAUCUCUGAUCACGGCUUCGGGCGCACGGAGUCUUGAAGAAACUUUAAAGAGGAACGGCUCAUCGCUGGUCGGUAUUUCGCAGAACCUGGUCGACCUGGUUUGGGGCAAAGACAGACCGGCACCUCCGCGAGAGAAGGUCAGGGUUCAUCCGGAUAAGUUCGCAGGAAAGACUUUCCAGGAGAAGAUUGCGGAUCUGCGCAAGGAGCUGGAGAAGAAGAAGACAGCUGGAUUCGUUAUAUCUAUGCUGGAUGAAAUUGCCUGGCUCUUUAACCUGAGAGGAAGCGACAUUCCCUACAAUCCAGUGUUCUUCGCAUACGCCAUUAUUACCCCUACAAAGGCCGAGCUUUACAUCGACGAUGACAAGAUCACCCCAGAAGUUGUAGCUCAUCUCGGUCAGGACGUCGUGAUCAAGCCAUAUAACUCUAUCUUUGCAGACGCUAAGGCACUCAGUGAAGCAAGAAAGCAAGAAGCUGGGGAAACAGCCUCAAAGUUUCUCCUGUCCAACAAAGCAUCAUGGGCGCUUAGCCUCAGCUUGGGAGGCGAGGAGCAUGUGGAGGAGACCCGGAGUCCUAUUGCCGACGCUAAAGCUAUCAAGAAUGAAGUAGAGCUUGCGGGUAUGAGGGCUUGCCAUAUCCGAGACGGUGCCGCGUUGAUCGAAUACUUUGCGUGGCUUGAAAACGAGCUGGUCAACAAGAAGACUGUUCUUGAUGAAGUGGAUGCCGCAGAUAAGUUGGAGCGGAUCAGAACCAAGCACGAUCUCUUCGCUGGCCUUUCCUUCGACACUAUUUCUUCAACUGGACCUAAUGGCGCCGUUAUCCACUACAAGCCAGAGAAAGGCACUUGCUCCAUCAUUGACCCGGAUGCUAUUUAUCUUUGUGACUCUGGGGCUCAGUAUCUAGACGGAACCACGGACGUCACGAGAACGUUUCAUUUUGGAAAACCCACGGAGCUUGAGAAGAAGGCUUUUACCCUGGUGCUCAAGGGUCUGAUUGCCAUUGAUACUGCUGUCUUCCCCAAGGGCACUAGUGGCUUUGCACUCGACGCUCUUGCCAGACAGUAUUUGUGGAAAGAAGGACUGGAUUAUCUUCAUGGCACAGGCCACGGCAUUGGCUCAUACCUGAAUGUGCACGAAGGCCCUAUCGGGAUUGGCACUCGCGUACAGUACACUGAAGUCCCCAUUGCCCCCGGUAACGUCAUCUCAGACGAACCUGGAUUCUACGAGGACGGCAAGUUCGGCAUUCGAAUUGAGAAUGUCAUUAUGGCGCGGGAGGUACAAACAACGCAUAAAUUCGGUGACAAGCCAUGGUUGGGCUUUGAACAUGUCACAAUGGCUCCCAUUGGCCGCAACUUGAUUCAACCAUCCCUGCUCAGCGACCUCGAGCUCAAGUGGGUGAACGACUAUCACGCAGAGGUCUGGGAUAAAACGCAUCAUUUCUUUGAGAAUGAUGAGUUCACUCGAAGCUGGCUUCAGAGAGAGACUGCACCCAUCACUAAAUAG